CCACACGACACCCUGCGGCAGGAGGGAGAGAACAGCAGGAACGGCGGGGGACCGGAUGACUUACAACCGAUUUGAACAGACAGGGCAGUACCAACGGUCUGAGUCUUCCACAGGCUGAGGACGCCCCGGUGUGUCCACCAACCAGUGGACAUCUGAUGGCAGAGAAGAUGAGACUGGGCCGAGAGGACCAAGGGGACAAUGACCCUGCUGAGAAGAGUGCCUCGAAAAAGCCUCAACGCUUCUCUUCAUGUUUACCUGAUUCCCAAGAGUUGAUGGACAUUAGAACAAAGAAAAAGCUACUGAUCACAGGCACAGAGCAGUUCAACCAGAAGCCCAAGAAAGGGAUCCAGUUCCUCCAGGAGAAAGGUCUUCUCAGUAACCCCAUAGACAACAACCAGGUGGCCCAGUGGCUCCGAGAAAACCCUCGACUGGACAAAAAGAUGAUCGGCGAGUUUGUCAGUGAUCGCAAGCACAUGGAGCUCCUGGACAGCUUUGUAAACACAUUCGGCUUCCAGGGGCUCCGUAUCGAUGAGGCCCUGCGGCUCUACCUGGAGGCCUUCAGACUCCCAGGAGAGGCUCCUGUCAUCCAGAGACUCCUCGAAACCUUUACAGACAACUGGCAU